AUGGCACGAGCAUCGAACAAUAAAAUAAAGAUUGGUGUACAUUGGAAAAAUACGGUAUCAAUUGAAAUACCAUCUUCAAACAGUCCUCGUCAUCCUAAACUCAUCGAACUUGAUCCAAACAUUCCCUUAGAUGAUUAUAUUUCGAAAAUAUGUGAUGAUUGGAAAAUUCCACUAUCGAAUUCAAUUCAUUAUGCACUUCGAUACGAUGAUACUCAUAAAUUUGUUACUGAACAAAAUCGUUUUCAAAUUCCUACUGGUCAAGUUUUUUAUCUGUCACUUUCACAUGAAAAUGAAGUUCAAGAUAUAUUAAAAUAUCUGUCAUCAAACGAUUAUCAACGGUAUGAUUCCACAAUACUCGAACGAUUAAAAUUAGCUGGUGAAGAUGAAACAUUUGCACUUGAAUUUGUUAAACAAAAUGGUCUUCAAUAUUUAUUAAAACUAUUUACUGAUGAUGGAAAAUUGAAUAAUUAUGAAAAUUUUACACCUAAUUUACUUCGUUCACUUCAUAAUGUAAUCAUAAAUCAACAAGCUAUUAGUUGGGAUGAUCUUGAAAAUAUUGAUAAAAUUGUUGAUCAAUUAAUUUGUGGUAUUAACGCAUCAAAACUUUUCUGUCUACAUUCAUCAGUAGCCAUGAUGAUUCUUGAUUCAAUUAUAAGUAUGGAAUCCAAAUACUCAUUGAAAAUUAUUCAAACACUUCAAAUCUCCAAUUUACUAGAUUAUUGUAGCAAACAGCAUGAUAUCGAAACACAAUAUUAUGCAUUAGCUUUAGUUAAUAUAAUUAUGAGUAAAAGUGAUCAAACGAUUCGUUCUUCAUUAGUAAGAGCUAUGUCACAUACAAUUGUUACAACCAAUCUUCGCGAGCUUGUACAAUUGAUAAUCAUUGGAGAUGAAAAUUCAAAUAAUGAUUCAUUUACAUCUACAGAUACAGCAAUACAAUCAUCAAGACAUCUCACACGCUCUUCUCUCAUUCAACAAUUAUGGCUCUUACAAAGAUUUUAUCUCAAUGAAUUAUACACCAAUUCAAUGAAUACAUCACCAGAUCGCUUAGAUACGAAAUAUCGUGAUAUGAUUACGGAAUUACGACGAAGUGCAUUUGAUACAGAUUUAUUAUUAUCCGAUCAAAGUUGUCAAGAUUUAACUACUCGAUUAUCAUCAGGAAACAUAAAUGAAUCAAUGACAACAUUAACAUUCAAUCAUCGUCGAGUUGAAGCAUUACAGCGUGAUUAUGAACGACUUGGAUUUCAAGAUCUUCGAGAACCAAUAAAAGAUUUUGAAUUAAUUCCACCAGGUAUUCUAUCAUUACAAAAUUUGUUUUAUUUUUGUAUUCAUCAAAAACAUGAUUUUAUUCGAUUUGUACUUGAAAAUUCAUGUAAAACACUUCAACAACAAUGUCCAUUAGUUAAAUCAGCUAUUGAAAUAACACGAAUACUUUGUAGACUUUUUAAUAUUGGCAUUGAACCAAAUAGGCAUCAAAUACAUAAAGAUUACUUUUUACUGUUCUAUACAAGUACAUCAUUUUUCGAACAAGCAUUUGCUCGUUGUCUACUUUUAUUUAAUAAAACAUGGAAAGAAAUGCGCGCCUGUGAUGUCGACUUUGAAGUGGUUAGUUCAGUUGUAUAUCAACAGAUUUCACAAUCGCUAGAUGAUGUUUGUCUCAUGAACCCAUCAGCAAAUAAAACCAUAAUAGCUUCUUACUCGCCUUCAAAAAAUCAAACAAUAUCAUCACCAACAACAACGAAAUCAACAAUGAAUAUAUCAUUGACAUCAGUUGCAUUACAAAGAUUUACAUUUGAUUAUUUUUCUGAAAGAUUAAAUGCAAACAAUUAUAAAGAUAUAUGUAGACGACGUGAUGAACAAGAAUUAAAGAGAGAAGAAUCAAUUAUGAGAUUACCUAUUGUUGAAACAUUAAAAGAACGUUUAAGAUCACAUGUUCAAUCUUUAACACGUCAAGCUCGACUUAAAACCAUGAAAAAAGGUCAAAUAUUUUUUACUAUUGAAAGUCGUUCAGGUGCAAAGAAAACAAAAAAUCGUGCUAUGUAUUGGCAAUUGCUUGAUAAUGAAAAACAUGUGCAAUGUAGUGAAUCACCUACAACAAUUAUGAAAGAAAAUAAUACAAGAGAUGGUUCGACAACUAGUCUUACUAGAACAAUGAUUCCCCUCGAAAAUAUCAAAGAUGUUCAAUGUAAUAUUGAUCAAUCACGUUCUGGUAAUUUGAAUAAUCAAGAAAGAUUACCUAAAAUUCCUCGUCAUAGUAAUGCAAAUAUGAGUGUAACAAUCGUUCUUCAAAAUGAUACAACAUAUACAUUACUAUGUGAAAAUGAUUAUGAUAUGUCAUGUUGGAGUGAUGGAUUUAAUAUUCUUUUUCAUAAAGAAAUGGAUAGUUUUUAUGCUCGAGAAGAAAUGGAACUAUUAUUAAAUUUACUUUGUCAACUUCAAAUAUUAGAAUUAGAUCAUCCAUCAAUUAUUUUAUCACAACAUUCAUUACCUGUUCCUAUUCGUUUACCACCUACUCGUCCUGUAUCUUCCAUAUAA